AGUUUAAAUGACCGGAGGAGUGCGAUGAGGCAUUCGGAGAUUUAAAGAAGUUGCUGACCGCGCCCACUGUGAUGACCGCGCCUAAGAUCAAGGAGACGCUAUACUUGUACAUUGCGGUGUCCCGGAUUGCGGUGAGUGCGGUGUUGGUGUCCAAAGAUCCGCUGACGAAUGAGGAGAGGCCGGUAUACUACGUGAGCCGCACCAUGGUGGUACACGAGACAAGGUAUGCGCCCAUUGAAAAAGCAGCGUUGGCGGUGGUGAUGGCGGCUAACAAACUCCGACCUUACUUCCAAGCUCACAGCAUCGUGGUACUCACGAACUUGCCUCUCCGAACGGUCCUUGGGUCCAUGGAUGUUUCGGGGCGCCUGGUUAAAUGGGCCGUCCAGUUGAGCGAGUUUGAUGUGAGUUAUGCGCCCAGACCAGCCAUCAAGGCGCAAGUGUUGGCCGAUUUCGUGGCAGAAGGAGUGGUCGACGCGGGGAAUAGCGCGGAAGAAUGUUGGCAAUUUCAAGUGGAUGGAGUGGCAAGUCGAGCUGGUGCGGGAGCAGGUAUUGUGCUAAUUAGUCCCCAGGGCGCGAUGCAUGAGGUCGCACUGCGUUUCGCAACUCUUAAGACGAACAAUGCGGCGGAAUACGAAGCGGUCCUGGCGGGGCUUCACAUGGCAAGGGAGUUGGGCGCCCAGAGGGUUAAUAUCCAGACUGACUCAGCGCUCGUGGUCAAUCAGUUGAACAAUGUGUACGAGGUGAAGGAGGAGGCGCUCGGGGCAUACGUUCAAUCCGUCAGGGAGAAGUGUGCGUGGUUUCGGGAGGCUACGUUCACACACGUCCCAAGAGAAGAGAAUGCCCAUGCGGACGCCCUAUCUGAAUUGGCCACGGCGUUGGAUUUUGGAGAAGACAGAAAAGUGAUCGUUACCAAGGAAGCCCCGCGUGAUGAGGGGGUGAUGGCAUCUAUCCUCGUAGGAACCAUGAAAGGAUGGAUGGCGCCUAUCAUGCUUUACCUAACGCAGGGCGUGGUCCCGGAGGACCCCAAAGAGGCUUGGCGUUUGAGAAGGAAAGCGGCACGAUGUGUCCUCAUGGAAGGAGUGUUAUACAAAAGAUCCCACUCGGGCGCCUAUCUGCGUUGUCUCACGGAGGCCGAAGGGCAAAAGGCUAUCGCGGAAGUGCAUCAAGGAACGUGUGGAAUGCACGCAGGCGCCCGGAGCCUAGAGAAAGUGCUGCUAAGGCAGGGUUAUUAUUGGCCCACAAUGAGGGCUGACGCUGGGAAGCAUGUGGCCGAAUGCCACCAAUGUCAAAUCCAUGCCAACGACAUACAUAUUUCUCCUUGCUUUCAUAAGAGCGGAUAAAUGGUCACAAGCAUGGAUAGAGGCCGAUGGACGCAGGGGGGGGGGGGGGGGAGGUAACACAGGGUGCCUGCUAAAGCCUCUGAUAAAGAAGAAUGGCGAACGGCUACCUUAACGGAGCCCAUGCACCAAAUCAAUUCUUUCAUAGUUAGGCGCUCACUUAUGAGCACCUAACUGGGGGGCAAUUGUUGGGGAAACAUAGAUGAGCUCAUAUAAGCCCAAAGCCUAAUGGGCUUUGAGCCCAUUAAUGGCCCUUUGAGACAUGACUUGGGGGGACCAAUGGUAAAGGGGGCGCAUGGCGACAAAAUAGGCUCAUGGACAAAGAAUUACGGCUGAGGAGGAUCAGAAAAGCACCACGUGGGCGGAUGGUCCCCCCAUGCACCCUAACACCCGAGCCUGAUGAUGCGCCACGUGGAGGCGCUCGGACGUUGGACCAGACCAAGCAUUAAAUGCCUUAGCUGACGUAAGGCUUGAUGGCAGGAGUUGGUCGGAGCCUGGUCGAGGAGCUCGAGUAGUAUAAAGAGCACUCGGUAGGUGGCAUUUUCUCAGGUCGGUUUCUCUGACUAAAGUUCUACUUCCUUACUUAUCUCUCUAGAACUAGCACUGACUUGAUCGUUGGAGUGCUAACGAGUGGCUCCGGCCCUCUAGGCGUUAGUUUUGCAGGGUCCGAGCGCCUGUGGUGUGGCAGUUAGGGUGCGCUUGGUAGAGUGAAGUAUCCGGGCUUCAACAGUAACCUACAACCUUGACUUUUAUAUUUUAAUUUAAUUAAUGUUGAGAUUGAAA